AUGCUUGACGGCGUGCUACAUAUCGCCACUGCAUGGGGUGCCUUUGGCAUCAUGGUCACCAUCCUGCUGGGGUUCUCCAUUUUCUUCACACUCUACUACUCGGAUACGACAGACAGGGAACCGUUUGCCCUGAUCGUCACCAUCCUCGCCUUGACUGUCUGCCUCUCGACUGUCGCCCUCUUCCCUGUCGACAUCUUCCUUGUCUCGCGGAUCAUGGACCCCGCCACCGGUCUGAGGAGCGCCUGGGCCACGGACGAAGCUAUUGCCCAUAUGCAAAAUACUGUCCAGAUCUUUUACUAUGGCGCGUACGGACUGAUUACCAGCUUUUGCUUCAUUUGGAUCCCUCUCUCGUACUUUUACUAUGAGGAGCUGGUCGAGGGACAGUCGAUGCGGCAGAGGCUGGUUGCCUCGCUCAAGUACACUGUAUUCUUCAUUCUUGUCGCCUGUACUCUGCUGAUCACUGGCUUGUUCAUGAAACCUAACGACCAUGACAACAAGGACUUGGAAUGGCUCCGGAAGAUGCUAACCGAUCUGGACGGAGCAGGAGCGCUGGCCUUUGUUGCCGGUGUGCUAUCCCUUUUCGGAAUGGGUGUCCUGGUCUUUUACACUGCGCCUGGUCUUUCGUUGUUGCCAUUGCACUUGAUUGCAGGACUGAAAUCGAUCCCUGCGACUAUGAACGAGACAAAUGCUCAACUGGCUGCCAAUCGGGAACGACAGAACGCCAUCAUUAAUCGCUAUCCGCAGGGAGGACUCACGCGCGCGUCAGAGCGGGACCUCCAUGCUCUCAGGGAACUGUCAAGAGAGGCGCUUGUCCUGGAGAACCGAUCAAGGAUGGUCCAGAAUGUCCGCGACAGCUGGUUCAACCGUUGCCAAUGCAUCAUUCGCCCCUUUGAGGUUCUUCUUGGGAUGGCAGCAUUGACGCUCACCGUACUGCUCAUUACAUCUAUCGGGAUUACAACCAUCGACAAUUUGACAGAGGACGUGUGCGGCGCCCCUUGUGGAUAUAUCCUGACACACCCAAACAUCCCCAACCCUCUCAACCUCUUGUUCUUGAACCUCUCGCCAUUCUUCCCAGUGGAUUACAUUUUGAUGGUGUUAAUUAUCCUGUACAUGUUUUGGUCGACGACAAAAGGGAUUAUUUCGAUUGGCAUCCGCUUCCUGUGGGUCAAUUUGUUCAGGUUCCGCAAGGCUGCUACCCAGCCUCAGGGGCUUUUGGCUGCAACCAUGCUUCUGAUGCUCACCCUUGCGGGCCUCAGCUAUUCCUUGACCAUGUCUGUCGCGCCAGAUUACUCCAUGUUUGGCGGCCAGAAAUACUGUAACCACACGGUGGUAUUGCAGAGAGACUGCAAAGACUAUCCUACACUGAUCAUCCCCUGCCACGUCGGAGCACCAACGGAACUCUGCACACCUACCGUCACAUCCUCCAUCAUCACAAAGAUCAUUCUCGGAACACCCGUACUGGGAAUCGCAUUCUACUACAUGCAGUGGCUCUUCCUCCUCGCGUUCCUCCUUGCCCUCGGAUUUAACCUUAUCCAAGGGUGUAGGAAGGGAUUCGGCGUCGAGCCUAUCUAUAACGAUACUGAGGAAGAUGUCGAUGAUAUGGAGUCAAGGGGAUUGUUGGACGCUAUUGGCGCCAUGAGUGCCGAUGGUAGACGGAGGCAGGCUGAGCGGACAGGGUUGUUAAUCCCUGGACCUAGCUACGGAUCUCUCCGGACUGGCAAUAAUGGAUCUGAUGGCGGACCGACGUCCUCACAACAACAGCAUCGGCCUACCUCUGCGCAUUCAGGAGUUCCUGGACUCUCUAGCAGCAGAUAA